AUGGAUGCCUUGGAACAGUCCUCGGAGUCGGACCCUGAGGAUAUCCUUUCAUCUUCUCUCGGGACUUUGUACGACUACACGCCGAUCACACAUUCCUCUGCGGGGUCCGUCUUCACCUACAAAGCUCCUUCCGAUGGACCCACAAUAACCCUGCUCACGCCCGAUACUCAGGCCUCGAAUUGGCACCUGCAUGCUUCCUCCAUCUGGGUCUCCGCCCUCUUCCUGGCUGACCACCUUGCCGAGCUGCAGCUGCCCCCUCCCCCUAACCCGAUCUGCGUCCUCGAGCUCGGGGCAUCCGCCGGCCUGCCCGGCAUUCUGCUUGCCAAGACGCACGAGCACGCCCGUGUCACAGUGAGCGACUACCCCGACGAAGAACUACUUCGCGCGCUUUCUGAGAACGUCGCAAGGAACGGCGUCGGUGAGAGGUGUCGUGCGGUACCGUACGCCUGGGGAACAAAUCCGGCACUUCUUCUGUCCAAGUAUCCAGUGUCCUCGCUGGGAUACGACGUGGUCAUUGCAGCGGACACGCUAUGGAACCCCGAGCUGCACCCGCUGUUCAUCGAAUCCCUCACUAUGAGCCUGCGUAGGACAGCCGAUGCCAGGGUGCACCUUGUCGCCGGCCUGCACACCGGGCGGUACACGGUUGAGUCGUUUCUCAAAGCCGUGCAAAUUGCUGGGCUCGACGUCGUAUCUGCGACGGAACGUGCCGUCGAGGGCGAUAACAGCAGAUCAUGGAGCGUCUCGCGCGCAGAGGGAGAGGAUGAACGGGAGAGACGGAAGUGGGUCGUAUGGAUUGUCUUAAGAUGGAACAUGUCAUUGCUUCUGUGA